AUGCGGGAAGCUGAAAGGACGAGACUCUUACACAUCUUCUUCUAUUCCCAGACUCCACAGUCGGUCUGCAGUAAAAGUUGCCUACCUGGAUACAGAAAAGCUCUACUGGAGGGGCAACAGAAAUGCUGCUACUACUGUGUCCCAUGUCCUGAGGGCGAGAUCUCUAACCAGACCGAUAUGGAAGGAUGCCGGCCGUGUCCAGAGGAUCAGUGGUCAAAUGACAGAAGAGACACCUGUAUCCCAAAAAUCAUCGAGUUCCUAUCUUAUGGAGAUACACUGGGGAUAUCUCUUCUUGUCAUUGCUGGAAUGUUCUGUAUUUUCACCAUUAUAAUAUUAGGAAUAUUCAUCACAUACAAAGACACAGCGAUUGUAAAAGCCAAUAACCAGAACCUCAGCUUUACACUUCUCCUCUCACUCCUCCUCUCCUUCCUCUGUCCUCUGUUAUUCAUUGGACGUCCCUCAGAGAUGUCCUGUCUUGUCCGACAAGUGGCUUUUGUCACUAUUUUCACAGUUGCUGUUUCUUCAGUUUUGGCCAAAACAGUCACUGUGGUCUUGGCCUUUAGAGCCAUCAGACCUGACAGGACACUGAGGAGGUGGCUCGGGAGACAUCUCUCCAUAUUUCUUCUGAUCAUCUGCUCUUCCAUUGAGGCUGUGAUCUGUGUUUUCUGGUUGUCUUUGUCUCCACCAUUCCCAGAUUAUAACACUGAGAUAGAGGUUGGGAAGAUAAUCCUACAAUGUAAUGAAGGAUCUGCUAUUGCUUUCUAUGUGGCCAUUGGCUAUAUUGGAUUUCUGGCUGUGUUGAGCUUUAUUGUAGCAUUUUUGGCCAGGAAACUUCCAGACACCUUUAAUGAGGCUCAGUACAUCACCUUCAGCAUGUUGGUCUUCUGCACUGUGUGGAUCUCCUUCAUUCCGGCGUAUCUCAGCACCAAGGGGAAAUACAUGGUGGCCGUGGAGGUCUUCUCUAUUGAGGCUUCCAGUGCUGGACUUCUGUGCUGUAUCUUCAUUUCCAAAUGUUACAUUAUUCUACUGAGACCAGAACUGAAUGCAAAAGGAAAUUUAGUCAUUCAUACUGAAAUUUGCAAAAUAAAAUUUAAAACAAUUAAUUAAAAUGUAACUGUAAAAAAUUGUUACUGUAUUGUACCA